GACGACUGCGCCCGCGGAUUGCAAGGCCCCGUCUCCCUCCGUGCCGCGUUUCUUUUUUGGUUCGGCGCCAUGCGGCGCGGACCCGGGCUGGCGGGCCUGAUGAAAGGCCGGGAGCAGCAGAGCGCCCUAAGCGCGGUGGGGGAGCAGAUGGAGGCGGACAAAACGCAGCAAGCCACCGCUCUACUGCAGUCCCUGCAGACUGCCCUCCAGUCCUUUGCGGCCAAGCACCGCAGCCGCAUCAACUCGGACCCCAAGUUCCGGCAGUCCUUCUGCGAGAUGUGCAUGGCUGUGGGGGUGGACCCUUUGUCCAGCUCCAAGGGGCUUUGGGACGAGCUACUGGGGGUGGGCCAAUUCUACAACGACCUCUCGGUUCAGGUGCUGACGCUGUGCCUGCGCACCCGCGACGAGAACGGGGGACUGCUGGAUUUGGGGCAAUGUUUGGCACAGCUCCGCAAGGGAGCUACGCGGGAGGUGUCUCAGGAGGACGUGGAGCGGGCCGUGGAGUGCCUGGCACAGCUGGGCCCCGGGGUAUCCAUCCGCAUUUGCGGCCGCCGGCCGCUGAUUUGCUCCACCGUGGAGGCGCGAAGCCGCGACUUCUCGAAGCCAUUUGAGACCUAG